AGUGAGUGUUUUUCUUCUCUUAUAUUUUCCUUUUCUUUAAUAAAGAAAUUCACUUAUAUAUUCCUUUUCACCUGAUUUCCACCUCACUAAUCUGUGCAUUUCUGUUGUGUUGUGUCGGUGGUUUCAUUUAUCUUCCCUUCUCUCUUAUCUCCUCCACCCCUCAAUCUAUCUGUUUUGUUGGCUACUGGGUUUCUCCUCUUUGUUAUCCAGGUGAAGAUAGACAGAGAUAGAGGGUACAGAUCAAUUUGCUGAGUAUUCAUGGCUUCCAAAUUGCUCUUAAUCAUCGUCUUCAUCUUUGAUCUAAUCGCCUUUGGCCUCGCCGUUGCUGCUGAGCAGCGUAGGAGUAAGGCUCAAGUCGUCUCUGAUUCUGAGAAGAAUUAUUAUUACUGUGUCUACGAUUCGGACAUCGCAACUGGAUAUGGUGUAGGGGCAUUUUUGUUCCUGAUGGUUAGCCAAGUCCUUAUAAUGGUGGCAAGUAGGUGCUUCUGCUGUGGGAAGGCUCUGAAUCCCAGUGGUUCAAGGGCAUGGGCUGUUGUUCUCUUCAUCACUUGCUGGUUGACAUUUCUUAUUGCGGAGAUUUGCUUGCUUGCGGGUUCUGUGAGGAAUGCCUACCAUACCAGAUACACGACAAUUUUUGGGGCCCAAACUCCUUCUUGCGAGAUCUUGAGGAAAGGAGUCUUUGGAGCAGGGGCUGCCUUCAUUGUGUUCACUGGCAUACUCACUGAACUCUUCUAUGUUUGCUACUCUAAGGCUAAGGAUGGAUUCAGAUCUGACUUUGGCAAAGACACUGGUGUGGGGAUGGGAACCUACAGCUGAGUUAGCAUAAGAUACAACAUUGUUAGCUUAGGAUGGAACUGUUUGCACUCUGGAUUUAUAAUGUUUGGCUCACGCAUUGAGUUUCAUUUGGUCUUUUCUGUGGAGCUUAAUUUUGUUCUUUGGAUAUGUUAUUCAAUCCUAGUUUCUAUUCCGUAUAUAUAUUCUUUUCUUGUAAGGCCUGACCGGCUCCCCAAUUCUCUUUUUCGUUUCUAUCAACUUGAAUCAUAUCUCAUGAAUGUAGAUUCAUUUAGGUGAUAGAGCAUCACUUUAUUUGUUUUGAUC